ACUUUGCUUUACUCCUCCUCCUUGGGUCUGGAGCCUGCCUCCGCCGGCCCUCUCUGGUCUCUGAGGUCUCUGUGGUCUCUGAGGCUGUAGGGCUAAUUCAGCAGGCAGGAUGGCUGUUCAGAGGGAGCUCUAUGACGCCAUUGUGAUCGGGGCAGGCAUCCAGGGCUGCUUCACGGCGUACCACCUGGCCAAACACUGCAAGAAAGUCCUCCUGCUGGAGCAGUUCUUUCUCCCGCACUCCCGAGGAAGCUCCCAUGGGCAGAGCCGGAUCAUCCGAAGGGCGUACCCAGAAGAUUUCUACACCCAGAUGAUGGCUGAGUGCUACUCCAUGUGGGCCCAGCUGGAGCAUGAGGCAGGAACCCAAUUAUACAGGCAGACUGGACUACUGCUGCUGGGAAUGAAGGAGAAUCCAGAAUUAAAGAUAAUCCAGGCUACUUUGUCGAGGCAGGGAGUGGAGCACCAGUGUCUUUCAUCUGAGGAACUGAAGCAACGUUUCCCCAAUAUUCGGUUGGCCAGGGGAGAAGUGGGGCUCUUGGAGGUGUCCGGAGGAGUUCUCUAUGCUGACAAGGCACUCAGAGCCCUCCAGGAUGCAAUUCGACAGCUAGGUGGCAUAGUGCAUGAUGGAGAGAAGGUAGUGGAGAUAAAACCAGGGCUACCAGUCACGGUGAAAACUACCUCCAGGAGCUACCAAGCCAAGAGCUUAAUCAUCACGGCAGGUCCUUGGACCAACCGGCUCCUCCGUCCCUUGGGAGCUGAGCUACCUCUCCAGACCCUGCGGAUCAACGUGUGUUACUGGCAAGAGAAGGUUCCUGGAAGCUACAGUGUGUCCCAGGCCUUUCCGUGUUUCAUGGGCCUGGGCCUCAGCCUGGCUCCUCACCACAUCUACGGGCUGCCCUCCAGAGAGUACCCAGGGCUGAUGAAGGUCUGCUAUCACCACGGCAACAAUGCAGAUCCCGAGGAGCGGGACUGCCCGGCAGCUUUCUCAGACAUCCAAGAUGUCCACAUCCUGAGCGGUUUUGUCAGAGAUCACUUACCUGACCUGCAGCCUGAGCCUGCUGUGAUGGAGCAUUGCAUGUACACAAACACCCCCGAUGGGCACUUCGUUCUUGAUAGACACCCAAAGUACGACAACAUUGUCAUUGGUGCUGGAUUCUCUGGGCAUGGGUUCAAGUUGUCCCCUGUCGUGGGGAAUAUCCUGUACGAAUUAAGCAUGAAAUUAACGCCAUCCUAUGACUUGACACCUUUUCGAAUCAGCCGCUUUCCCAGCCUGGGCAAAGCCCACCUUUGACCCCCUGGCCAGCAGCUUCCCUUCUGUGCCCAGGAGUUGGAAAUAAAGCUGGGAAAGACAUGUAAGAGGAAGAAAAAGGCUGUGGGAGGCUAUCCUUUCCUCCUGCCUCUCUUCAGUCCCCCAUAAACACCGGCUGAUUGAACGUACCUCUUUCUCUGGCCAGCUCCCCAAUCACACACCACUUUUUUGCUUCAGUUCAAUCAGGUAUUCUAUAAUUACAGAGUGCCAAGGACCUUGGAGGUGGAUGUCUCAGUAAGGAAGGGGCAUAAGGACCAGCUCAGGAGACCAAAACAACUAUUAAAAUUCUCUUCACUGGGGCAUUUGUUGAAUUUUGGAUAGAUCUGACGAAAGUUGCCUAGGGGAGGGUAAACAAGAUAGUCUGUAGACCAUUCAUGCCCUUGGAGCUCCUUUUCAUAAAACUAGAGGCAUCCUCUAUCACGAACCCCCACAAAAUGUGGCUCGUCGUGGGUGCGCAGCAAAUGUUUGUUGAAAAAAAAAUGUGUUGAACAAACAGAUAAGUAAAUGACUGCCUUGCAUGAAA